AUGCCCCAUUCAUAUUCCUCAAGUACCUCGCAAGGAAGCACGAAGAGCGGGUUUAGCUCUACGGGGUCUCAGAGCUCACAGGGAAAUAGCCAGACCUCGAGGCCCAAGACACAAAAACCCCUUAUCCACAACAGCGGAGGUAACAGCCCAGACAGCAAGAGGACUUCAGAAUGGGACGGCGGCCGAUGGAAGUAA